UGCGCUUCAAAACCAGGGAAGUAGAACGGAGACAGGGGCGGGGCCAGCAUGUUUCCAAGGUAACAGCCCAGCGCGGGCCAACUACGAAUCAGCGACGAAAUGAGUGACCGCAGGGUACGAGUGCAAGGAGGACAUGCAAGAGGAUCCCGACCGACGGGUACUUCAAUGGAGCCAAAGGACAGAAGAAGAGCAGCAGAAGCAGCAGCUCAAAGGGACAAGGCUGCCUUUGUACACUUCACACGAGACCAGCACUUUGCAGACAGCCUGGUGGACUCCCUGAUCUCCGACAUGCUCGUGGAUGAGAUGAUUCCUGAUGUGCUAGCCGAGCUCUUCUCACGGCCUUCUCCUCAGGUCUCUGGGAUGGACAAGACCCAGGUGGAAGAACAGCGCUGGUUUGCGCAGCAUCUGCAGAGGUUCCCAGCCGUACCUGGGCACCAGGAUGCCCGUGCUGAACUUGCACAGCUGGUGGACAGCCACCUAACCCGGGCGGCCCUGUAUGACUGCGCAUCAACGCUUGUGAGCGAAACAGUCUCUAUUCUGGUGCCCGCAGUGGUGCAAGAAGCCAUGGAAGAGUUGGCAGUGGACACCUUCCUAGAAGAAGACCUGAUCCGUGAAGUUGUGGAGGAAGAAGUAAGGACGGCGGUCAGGUCGGCACUGAGUGAGCACACUUCUGCAACCUCCCAGCAGCAGCUGGCACAGGUCCGGCGCUGUGCUGCUAAUAGGCUGUUGGACUCUCUUCAGAUGGAUGGACUGCUGGACCUGAUGGCUGCCCAGGACGGCCUGUUCUCCCAGAAGCAGCAGGCGGCCCGACUUCUGGAUGGCUGCAUGCUGGAGCUCUUGUGCCACCAGUACCUUCGGCUCCUGCCUACUGCGGGACGCCACCCUCCAGAACCGUCCAAUCCGACGCUACCAUCGUCGGCUGUUUUCUAAGGUCGCCCUGGAAGCGAUGCUGACACGGCUGGAAGGCUCCCUGCAGGAGGACGCUGAGGACUGGCUGGAGUACGAGAAGGACAUGCAGAUGGACGUCAUGCUAGAAGGCCGCUGAUGGACUAAAACACACAAGUAGGACGUCCUGCAAGUGUGUGUGUGUGUGUGUGUGGGUUCCUUAUGGAGGCCAUGGGUGCCAAAGAGAUCACAAGCUCUGCCAUCCAAGGUCUGAGGCUCUGCCACUGCUUUCUUGGGUAAGACCGGUGACGAUGGAAGUGGAGAAAUUUUACAGCAUGUCGCUGAGGAGGUGGCACAACCUUAAAACAUCCACCAGGUGGCACCGAGGAGGUAGUUGACUAAAGCGGACAAAACAAAAUCUGCCUAAUUUAACAAAUGCCAUCCUGGCAGCAGGUCUCAUGAUGCACACUUGUGUUUACAGUCCCACUGUGAUGCCAUCACUUUGCACACUGCCACUGUCACUUUGGUACCGGCUCGUCUUUUACUGACUGAUGCCUGUUACUGGCUUAUUGACCAGACGUAUUCUCCAUCCUCUGCUGUGGCAC